AUUUGUUAAUAAUGAUUACUACUCCUGAUAUAAAUGACUCUACAUUUCAUGAACUCUAGAAUGAGAUAUAAAAUCUUAAAUCUGAGAAGGAGGAAUUCAAGCAAACUCUGCUCAAGUUGUGGAUUCAGAUCUCCAAAACAUUUAAUGAUGACUUCGAAGAGAUACUGAAGUUAGGCAUCAAUUCAGAUGUUGAAGAUAUUAUGAAUGCAAUCCUUAUAGUAGAAGAAGCAAGACAAGAAUAAAUUAAUGUAUUAAAUAUAAAAUGAGAACACUUAGAAUGAAAGAAAUCAGAUAGUUGCCUUGACCGAACAAUUGAAUUCACAUAAAAAUACUACAGAUUCUGGGAAUGAGGAGUUGAAAGAACUCGAAAAACAAUAUAGAGAAUUGAGCGAAUUAGUCUUGUCAUUAAAAUAAUAGAAUGUCGACAAGGAUCUUCAAAUUACCACUUUAAAUGCCGAAACUAAUAAGCUCAAAGUGGAGGUUGCUUAGUUGUAAUCUAAAUUGAAUGAGCUGUCAGCAGCUUUGAUUUAAGCGAAGGAAGAAAAAAUUAAAUAUAUGGAAUAAACACAAACUUAGAUCAAGCUGUUGAUGGAAAAGGAUUUACAACAUACUAGAUAAGUUUAAAUGUUGCAAAUACAAAAAAUUGAACUAGAAAAUAGUUUGAGAAAAAACAAUUAAAGAAAUGAAUAAUCUCUCAAUUUGUAUUGCUAAACCUAAAGAGAAGAGGAAUAGGCUAGAAUGCUUAGUUGUUCUCCAAGUACUUUUUUACUCUCAUUAUUAAGGAACUACGCAUAUUGAUUUUUCUAAAAUUGUGUAAUAAAGUUUACAAAAUAAGAAGGCUGAAAUGGUAUCAGGAUCUUCGCUUUCUCAAAUUCCCUAUAGAUUUGGUAAAUGAUAAACG